AGACGCGAGGAGUUUAUCAUCACUAUCACGGUAACUCCUGCACUGGCGACAUGAAGCUCCUCUUGCUGGUGUGUGUGAGUGUGGUGGUGGCCUCCCCCCUGCGGCCACGGUCCUCAGCGCCCUCUGUGUACGACUACUAUGACUUCGUAGAAAUCCCGCGGACAAAACCCGUCAUAUCUGAUAGAUCUGACGGCCCUAUGCCCCAGCGCCCCCUGCCACCCCGUCACCCGGCUCCGUCCCGUCAGAGGCCUCAACCACCCUCCCGGAGGAUCCCUGACUAUAAGGCGAGUCAGUCUGAUGUGUUCGUGCCUCAGUACCGGCCACAACCACAGUUUAGACCACAGUUCAGACCGCAGCAGAAGCCGACGCCAAUCAUCUACAGGGAGGACCCCGUGUACGAGAAGCCAGUGUUUGUGGCGCGGCCCAAGUACCAAUCUGAGCCCGUCAUCUACGUGGAGGAGAAGCCUCUCCCCCUUCAAGAACGACCACUCUUCCAGGACCAGUCGGGACGCUACCAGGAGGAACGACCCCCUCUGAGCGACGACUACCCUCCCUACCUGCCACCUCCACCCACCUACCCGAGAGAUGGUCGCCCCCAGUACGACGGCCUACCACAGUAUGAGAUCCUGCCCGUGUAUGAGGACCAGCGUCAGUAUGAACAGCUCCCACAGUAUGAGGAGGAGUAUGAAGAGCUCCCUCAGUAUGAACAACGCCCACAUUCCGAGGAACACCCACAAUUUGAGCAACGCCCACAGCCUGUAGAACGCCCACAGUAUGUAGAACUCCCUCAGUCUGAAGCACGCCCACAAUUUGAACAACACCCACAAUUUGAGCAACGCCCACAGUCUGUAGAACAGCCACAGUAUGUAGAACUCCCUCAGUCUGAAGAACGCCCACAGUAUGAACAACGCCCACAGUCUGAAGAACGCCCACAAUUUGAGCCACGCCCACAGUCUGUAGAACAACCACAGUAUGUAGUACUCCCUCAGUCUGAAGAGCGCCCACAGUAUGAACAACGCCCACAGUAUGAACAACACCCACAAUACGAGGACAACUCACUCCAGCAGCAGCCCCAGGAGACAGUAGCACCUGUGGAGCACCUCAAGAAGGACGUCCGCCGCCCCGCCAUCAACAACUUCGUGCCCAAGGCGAAGGGGAAGAAAGAUGACGAUGACGUGAAAGAGAAGAGACAAGCGGUUCACGGAGGCGGCCCCCAUCUUGACUCUGCCGGAGAACAGUUCGUGGCGGACGCAUCACAGGUGGAGAGCGGCAAGGGUGACGGUCGGCUGUCCUUCCAGAUUCAUGGUCAACAAGGUCCUCACUCCUACCGCUUCGGCUACGACACGGGCAAGGGGUACAACCGUCAGUUUAGGUACGAGGAGAGGGACGGGUAUGGACAGGUUCAUGGUCGUUAUGGCUUCCACGACAAGGAUGGCAAACUCCAGGUGGUGAACUACUCAGCUCACCCAGACCACGGCUUCACAGCAGAUGUUCCUCACUAGGCAACUACCCUCUAACCACGAGUAGUUUGCCUCACCUACAAUGGCCAUCACACUCACUACUUUACUAUAAGUAAUACUAAAACACCUCACUGGUCGACACACUUAACAUGUCAAGAAAAACUCACCACCACACUACCUCUGACUCUCCCGUGAGUUAAAAUUCCAAAAGAACUAAUGAGGUUUAAAGCCUUCCUAACAAUUGGUCACUAAUAUUUUAACAUUCUAUGGUUAGUGUGUUACCUGGUUGAGGCUGGUCACGUGCACUCUAUGGGAUGAAGAACAAUGUGAAGUUGAUGAUGGUCAGUAGAUGUAAUUUACAAAAGUCUAGUCACUCAGGUGUGGCGAGUGGGGAGGAAGUGUAUAUUAUUAUCAUUAAUUGGAAGAGUAAAAAAUUCCACAUUCAUUCUCUUAACAAAACUUCUUUCUUAAUUAUCAACAAGUUAGUAAUAUUGACUGUACACAUGACAUGACCUAUCAACACAUAACAAAAUGCCAUAUCAAGAUCACAUUUCUGUACAUUUUCAUUUGAGGAUUUUUUUUUUCCAUUGACAGAAAGUUACGCACCCAGUUAAAUAAUA